UGACGUUACUGAGCACUGAGCAAUACUGUACACCAUCCCCUGCUUGGUCCAGCCCUCGUCGCGACGUUCAUAUAAUGUCGGCCGCCGAUGAAGAAGAGGUCAACCCCUACGAACUGCUCGGUGUUACGAUGGAGUCCACCGAGCAAGACAUACGAACCGCCUAUCGCCGGGUUUCGUUGAAGGUCCACCCAGAUAGGAAUCGUGGCAACCCUGAUGCAGCACGGAAGUUCCAUGAGCUCAAUCAAGCAUACGAGCUUCUGCUCGAUCCGCUUCGGCGGAUGGCCCUCGAUGCUAAGGUGCGCUUGAAGGAGGCGCGCAAGGCGCGCUUUGCGUCGUACGACACGAAGCGCAAGGGUCUCGUUGAAGAACUUGAAGCGCGCGAGCGCGCGUUCAAGAAAGUACGGGUGGAGAAACAGCAAGAGGAGCGGGCGAGAUGGAUGGAGAACGAACGGAUCAUGGAAGAGGGGCGAAGGUUGAAGGAGGAGAGGGAGAAGGAACUGCGGAGGAGAGAAGAAGAGGCGUUGAGAGCGGAGAGAGAGCGCGCAGGAGAGGAUGAGCCACCCGAGCUUGGGGAUUUGGACACGACCAUACGUCUCAAGUAUCAAUUAUCUUCGCACCCUAUGCUCACAACGCCGGCCAGCCUCGUAGCCCUUUUAUCGCCUUUCGGGCCAGUCGAUGAAGCGUCGAUGAAGCUCAUACUCAAGCCUUCGCCACCUAAGAAGCCAAAACGAGGCAUCGCCCUCGUACCGUUCAAGCAGAUCAGUGGCGCGUUCGCUGCUGUUUGCGCUAGCGGACGAGCGGAGAGCGGGCUGGCAGACGUCGAAGUUGGCUGGGCGGAGGAUAAGGAGCCAGAACUGAUUGGAUGGCUGAAGAGGAAGGGUCAGCUUGGGGCUGAUGGUGGGGUAAGCGCGACGAAAGAUGCUCAACGAAAGCAAGAUGCCGAUCAACCGCCUGCACCUGCGGGCGCGAACCCAUUGCCGACAUCGACUGCACCACCAGACAAGGAAUCUGGGACAUCGUUCUCUUCGUUUCCUUCAACCUUUCCGAGUUUCGAUGCGCCUGCGACGCCUUCCACCAAAUUGGCUGAGACAGGUCUCGACUACGAGUCCCUAACCCUCAUGCGUAUGCGUCAGGCCGAGCGCGCGCGCCUGGAGCGCGAGAUCCGGGAAGGCGAGGCAGCUGAAGGCAAUUAGCAAUCUAGCGAUAUUCCGAGCGAUGCGCAGUGGCGCCAGUGUAACAUCACUAGCUCCCGCUGGGCCUUCGUGGGGUCGUACUCAGAUUUUGAAAUCGAAGAGUAUGGGGUAUGAGGGGCAGGAUCUGCAAGCACUAUCCAGUGAAGCAUCACGCGUUCAUGAGGGUUCAACGUUCAACGUUCA